AGCUCUAAAAAAGAUGCUAAAAGGAAGUUGAACAUUCUUGAAAAAAAAAAAAACCAAACUAAUCUUUCAACAAUCCAAUAUACUGUAUGUUCAAUUAUAAAUAAAUUGAAUUAAUUGUUUAUAUUGAAAGAGAAAAAAGGUUCAUAAUUAUUAUGAAAUAUAUACUUGUAACCGGUGGUGUUAUCAGCGGUGUUGGCAAAGGUGUAAUUGCAAGUUCUUUUGGUACAAUUUUAAAAAAUUGCGGUAUCAAUGUGACAUCAAUUAAAAUUGAUCCAUAUAUAAAUAUUGAUGCUGGUACAUUUUCACCUUAUGAACAUGGAGAAGUUUAUGUGCUGGAUGAUGGUGGUGAAGUUGAUCUUGAUCUUGGAAAUUAUGAACGUUUUUUAAAUGUCACCCUGCACAAGGAUAACAAUAUUACAACUGGUAAAAUAUAUCAAAAUGUCAUUACCAAGGAAAGAAAAGGAGAUUAUCUGGGUAAAACUGUACAAGUUGUCCCACAUAUUACUGAUCAAAUUCAAGAAUGGAUUGAAAAAGUUGCAAAACGUCCAGUUACCGAAGGUGGUAAAAUACCACAGGUCUGUGUGAUUGAGCUUGGUGGAACAAUUGGUGAUAUUGAAGGAAUGCCAUUUGUCGAGGCUUUUCGUCAAUUUCAAUUUCGUGUUAAAAAAGAAAAUUUUUGUUGUGCACAUGUAUCAUUGGUACCACAGCCACGUUCAACUGGUGAACAUAAAACAAAACCAACACAAGAAAGUGUUCGUACAUUACGUGGUUUAGGUUUAUCACCAGAUAUAAUUGUUUGUAGAUCAGAAAAACCAUUUGGUGAAACAGUUAAAGAAAAAAUAUCAAAUUUUUGUUCAAUAGCACCAAAUCAAGUUAUAACAAUUCAUGAUUUAUCAUCAAUUUAUCGAGUACCAUUGUUAAUGGAAUCACAAGGUGUUAUUGAAUUUUUAAAUGAAAGAUUACAGCUCAAUAUUACAAUACCACGUCCACCUGAUUUUAUGAAACAAUGGCGUGAUCUUGCUGAUAAAAUUGAUAAUUUACAAAACGUAGUUAACAUUGCUCUUGUUGGUAAAUAUACAAAAUUAGAAGAUGCUUAUGCAUCUGUUAGAAAAUCACUUCAGCAUGCAUCAACUGAAAUUGAUUAUAAACUUGAAAUAAAAUAUAUUGAAGCUGAAAAUUUAGAACAAAAAACACUUGAAUUAAAUCCAGUAUUAUAUCAUAAAGCAUGGCAACAGCUAUGUGAAAGUGAUGGUGUUAUUGUACCUGGUGGUUUUGGACAACGUGGUAUUGAUGGAAUGAUUGAAGCAUGUAAUUGGUGUCGUAUAAAUAAUAAACCUCUUCUUGGUAUAUGUCUUGGUCUUCAAGUUGCUGUUAUUGAAUUUGCACGUAAUGUAUUAGAAAUUAGAGAAGCCAAUAGUGCUGAAAUUGAUUGUCAAAUUGAUGCAAUAAAUACAUUUAUCGUUAAAAUGCCUGAGCAUACUGAUGGUGAUGCUGGUGGUACAAUGAGAUUAGGAAAACGUAUAACAAGAUUUGUAAAAGGAAAUUCAGUUAUAAAACAAUUGUAUGGAAAUGUAGAUGAAAUUGAAGAAAGACAUCGUCAUAGAUAUGAAGUUAAUCCAGAAUUUGUUCCACAAUUAGAAAUGGCUGGAUUAAAAUUUGUUGGAAGAGAUACUGAAGGACAAAGAAUGGAAAUAUUAGAACUUCAAAAACAUCCAUAUUAUGUUGCAACUCAAUAUCAUCCAGAAUAUUUAUCAAGACCAUUUAAGUCAUCACCACCAUUUUUAGGAUUGGUAUUAGCAAGUACUGGUAAACUCGAGUCAUAUUUAGCUAGUCGACUUACACCACAACAAUCAAGUCCAACAAUCAAGUCUGAUAAUGAUAUUUCUGAAAUGAACAAAUCUGAAAGUUAAUUUUUUCUAUAACACAAAAUCCAAUUAGAUUGAUAUUAUUAUUAUUUUUUUCUUUCCACAAUACCGUGCCAUGUUUUUUCUUCUUUUUUGUUUUGUUAAUUAAUUAAAGAGAUAAUUGAUUUUUUUUGUAUUUUUGUGCAACUGCAUAUGACUGUUAAAAAGACUGUUUUUAAUAAAAAAAUUUUUAAAGUUUUUUUUGCAAUAAAAUAUCAAUAAAUUUAUAAUAAUAAAA